CCUUUGAAGAUAUUUGGCUAGGCCUGACAGGAACUGCUGCUUCCUCAUCUGUCCAGAGCCAAAUCCUGGUGGAGGGGAUUAUUGAUCAGAAAGAGAAAGUAAAAGUAGCUGCUUCAAAAGGAAAGGAGUGUUUUCAGUACUACAUGGGGUAUCUGCAAGGGGAUUCAGAAGAAGGAAUGGAAGUCAGUGCUUGUUCUGAUGGGCAAAGGAUGGCUGCCAUUAACACCUAUCUCAGUAUCAAUGGUAAAAGGCAGGAAAACGUGGGACAAGUGACUGUAGCAGCUGCUAAUGGAAGCUUGAGUUUUCUGGCCCAUGGAUGUGGGGAUCCAGUUCUUAAGGUUGAGGACAAGUUUAAUGAAAUUGGGAGCCUUUUGAAAGCCACGCUGAUAGAGAAGAUAAAGAAGUUUGAUGGAUACCUGUUAAGAUUCAGGAGAUCAGUGCAGCAUGUUGGUUUCCUGUCUGAAGUAGCUGGCUGGCCUUCAAUGGCCUUGCAAAGGGCAGCAGGAUUCCUGCACAGUGGGGGUACAGCUGUCACCCAGGUGUGGAAGCAAAGUGGAAUUGGGCACAUUCUGAGAAGCAGGAUCCCACUUUACCUGGAGAAAAUUCAAGAUGCUGUCCGGCAAAUGCAGAAUGAAUUACAAAAGCCAUUAGCAACUUUGAAGGAUGCUUACUAUGAUGCAACCUCGAAGCCAUUGGAUGAAGUAUGGAGAGAGAAGACAGAAGAGCACAUGAAGAAAAUCCAGGCUUUCUUACCCAAGAUUGUAAAAGAUGUGUGGCUAAUGGAACCAAUCCAGGUGGCGUUAAAGGUUAUGAAAGCAGGCUUGGAUAUGGCUACACAGCAGGUGCUCAGGUGGGCAGAGGCCACGUUUUCCAGAGCUGUGAGCAAGAUACGGAAGCCCUUGCUGAACCUGUACAGUUUUUCACCCAGCAACUGUUCCGUGGUAGGAAAGCUGCCAGUACUGCCUAAAGGAGACCUGUCCCUGAAGCUGGCAGAUGUUACCACUUACCUCAUUGGAGAAAAACUAAUGAGGCCUCUGCAAGACCUCUACAAUCUCAACAUACUUGCAGAGUACUAUAGAUUCAAACGGUGGAUGAUGGAGAGCCCCUUUGAAUAUCAUGCUAUGUUAGUGGGGACCAAGCAUCUUGUGACUUUUGAUGGAAAAAUAUAUGAUUUGGCAUCAAAGUGCAGUGUACUUCUUGCCAAGGAUUUUGUUCACAGUACUUUCACUAUAAUACUAAAUGAGGAAACCAGGAACUCAAGAUCACUGCAUGUGGAGAUGAACCAGACUGUGAUAACUAUCUACCCACGACUAAAGAUAUCCAAGAUGUCUAACUUCUCCUUCAUGGAAGAGAACUGCCAAGUUCUGGAUCAAUCCCUUGAAAACAGUACCGUGAAUUCAAGGCGAGGAACCAACAAAAUAGAAGUAUCUGAUCAGAAAGGAGUUUCUAUCUCCUGUGAUUUUCAGUAUGAUCUCUGUACUGUCACUCUGGCUGGGUGGCACCAUGGUAUUUCAGCUGGGCUUUUUGGUACCAAUGAUAAUGAAGCUGGAAAUGAAUGGAUGGUGCCUAAUGGUUCCUUCACUGACAACGUGAAAGAGUUCACACAGAGCUGGCAGGUGAAUAAGUGCAGUCUUGUACUGAAGAAAGAAAAGCCAUGUCCAAUUACAGCUAAGCAAAACAUCUGUAAAGUGUUCUUUGAAGAACCACAUUCAGUUCUUAGGAACUGCUUCAGAGUUGUGGAGCCCAAGCCAUUCUACACCAUGUGUACACAGGACACCUGUGACUCCCCGGCCUUGGGGGCUGCCUGCAGCUUAGCAGCAGCUUUUGUUCAUUUGUGCAACCGGAAUUUUGUCCCUGUGGAAAUCCCUCCACAGUGCUUGAACCAGUUCUGAGUGGCAGAUACGAGCCCUGAAGAUUGAAGACCCCUUUUAGCACCCAAAACAGAAGAGUUAUUUUAGGUAGACAAACUAGAGGCAGGAACAGGCAGACAACAGUAGAAGAGUGAAUGCAUUACUGUUAACUGUGAACAUAAUGAAGUAUAUAUAGUAUAUAAGGAAAGCUUUCCACCAAGAAUCCUUGAGGACAAGAGAAAUUAUGUCAAUAUAUUGACAAGAAACUAUAACCCACCAAAAGAAAUUGGACAUAAAGUAUCAGUUCCUCUAAAAAAAAAUUCUCCCAUUCAAUGGCAAAAUUGCCUCUCCACAAGCCUUGAACCAUGGCACAAAUACACUGAAAAGCUGAGAAAAGCUCUCUUCCAGCUCAGAGUAGUACAACUGUACUACUUUGUGAAAGUAGCAUCAUCAGCUUGGGGUCAGCAGAAAUGCUGACUUCUUUUUUCUCCAGAAAUGAAACUCCACUGCUCAGCAGUUCUGGAGAAAGUUAUCUAUCUUUUUCCAGGGAAGUGCUCCAACACACAAGAAGGCUAAGAUAGAAAUAAGAUGGGUAAAUAAUGGAAAGCAGUUAAUAAUUUCCUCAUUUUUAUGCUAGUUAACUUUUGUCUUAUUAAUAUACACACUGUUAAAUAAGAAACAGCCUCCUUGGUGUCUGUGCACCAGUUUCACAUUUUCCCUUUGUGUCUUUAGAAUCCCCUUGUCAGCAGUCAGCUGAUGUGCUGGGAAAAGGUGACCAAUAUCUACCCUACCCACGAAGUAACAUUAGGGUGUUAUAGCUACUGUUGUGUGUCUCACCUGUUAAAUCCCUUUCUGCAUAGUAGGUCACUUGAUUUAAAAAUUACAUUACCUUUCUCCACACAGUGCCUGGAAUGCAGCUGUUCCUUGGUAAAAGGUAGCACUGCAAAAUCCAUCCAAUGUCUUUGCAUAAUAUGCAAACACUGAAAUAAUGGUGUUCUGUACUAUGACAUCAUGCUAAUAAACAUUUGACUGUCUUAUUUUUAUGCUGGAGUACAUUUUUAUCGAUUAUUCAUAACAACAAAGCUGUACUGACCUAGAGAAUUGUUAACUGGUUUUGACUGACUCACAGAAAAAGCAAGCAGCUGCCUCUUAUCUCCUGUACACUGCUUGCAGCUGCACUCACUUUCUGAACACUUACUCUCUAGCUUGAUACAAAUUAAAACCUGAUUCCUACACUAGUCAGGAAAAAAAUCGUGCAAUUCCCACACACAUCAGAUGCUAGAAAUCAAGUCUUCCUCUCUAAUAAUUUUAUACCUGCACCCUUGUAAAAAGCCAAAAUUGAAUGAACUAUCUCUAGAAGUUAAAGAAUAUUUAUACCAGUUACUGAUUAAAAACCACCUAAUUUUCUCCCCGGUCAGUGAAUGUCACUUCACUCCCUAGCAAAGCACAUCA